CUCUGUUUCAAGUAGGGGUUCAAGUUGAAACUGUUCUCACUUGCUAGGGAAAGGAAUGAAGGGAAAAAGGCAUUUCCCUCUUCUAGCUUUUGUGGUUUUCACGGUUAUUUUCUUCCUCACAUUCUCUAUGCAAGUAAUCGAUGCGCGAAAGCAUCACCAUCAUCGGAAGAAGGGGAAGUCUCAUAAGCAUCAAAAGAGCAAUGGCGCAGCCAAUUCUCCAGCCCCUGGACCAGCUCCUCUUCCCAGCUAUGGUUUUCAUCCAAAUAGUUCAGGAAUUUUCAAUGUUUUGUCAUUUGGAGCAAAGGGAGAUGGAGGUGCAGAUGAUUCCAAGGCAUUUCUAGCAGCAUGGAAAGCAGCCUGUAAUGUGCCUGGUGCAACAGUGGAAAUCCCAGCAGAAUUAAAGUUCCUGGUGAAGCCCAUAACUUUUCAAGGUCCAUGCAUGCCUAACCUUUCAUUUCAGAUUGAUGGAACUCUUUUGGCCCCCCCAAAAAUAAGCUCAUGGACGAAGUACAGUUUGUUUCAAUGGAUUAAUUUCAAGUGGGUGCAUAAUUUCACCAUUCAAGGCAAUGGAGCUGUUGAUGGUCAAGGCUCUUCAUGGUGGAAAGCCAAUUCUAAGAAAUUCAAACACAUUUCCAAUAUGAAACCAACUGCCAUAAGAUUCUAUGCAAGCUACAACGUCACAGUUCGGGACAUCGAAAUCACAAACAGUCCUCAAUGCCAUCUGAAAUUUGACAGUUCCAGCGGGAUCAAAGUGGACAACGUUACAAUCUCAUCUCCUGAGAGCAGCCCAAAUACUGACGGAAUUCACCUGCAAAACACGCAGGAUGUUGAAAUUAAGUACUCCAAUAUUGGGUGCGGACUCCGUGACCUGUGGGGCUGGGAUGACUGUGUGUCCAUCCAAACUGGUUGCUCCAAUAUUCAUAUCCAUCAUAUUGAUUGUGGUCCUGGUCAUGGUAUAAGUAUAGGAGGACUUGGCAAAGAUAAGAGCAUUGGAUGUGUGUCUGAUAUCAUUGUGGAGGAAAUCUCCCUUCAGAAUACACUUGCUGGAGUUAGAAUCAAAACAUGGCAGGGAGGUAUGGGAUCCGUCAAGAACGUGACAUUUUCGAACAUUCAAGUAGCAGAUGUUAAGGUUCCGAUGAUAAUCGACCAGUUCUACUGCGACAAGAACAUCUGCAAGAAUCAAACAGGAGCAGUGGCAAUAUCCGGAGUUAAAUAUGAUCAAAUAAUUGGGACGUACUCGGCGCAACCUGUUCAUCUAGCUUGUAGCAGUGACAUCCCAUGCACUGAUGUUGAUCUCAUUGAUAUUCAGCUGAAACCCUCCAUGCGAUACGGAGGUUUUCAACCGGCACUGUGUUGGAAUUCUUAUGGCAAGUCUCAGGCUCCUCUGCUGCCUUCGAGUAUUGAUUCUUGCCUGAGAAGGGAUCAUGGCAGUUUGGUCAAGAGAAUAGCUGGAUUCCCUGAACAUAUAUGUUAAAUAAUGUUUUUUUUUUAUUAGUGACCCGCUCAUCCCCUUUCUAACAGAUAUACUCAAAACGGAAAAUCAAAGUGGAUUUAACUCUCAAAAUCUACGGUUCCGACGACGACGAGGCAUGCUGUUUCUGCUUCCUCUUCAUAUGAUUCUCCUUCUUUUGCCCCUUAAGUCAUUAAAUAUACUGGUCUUUUUAAAGGGUAUUUGUUUUUUCGAACAAAAAUAGGUGUAAUUC